AUGUCAUCGUCAUCUUCUUCAAAUUCAGGAUCUCUGCGCUUUCGUAGUGACGCAGCCAGUUUCUCACCGGGUCAGUAUCCCAAUUACAUCCCACAACAAUUUCCUCCUCAUCAAUACAUGCCACCAAUGCAUCCGCAACAACCAAUAUAUUAUCAAUACCCAAAUUACCCUAUUAUGGUGAAUCAGAUCUAUGGUGGAGUGUAUACACAUGGAUACAUGCAAGAAAACUUUUUUCCUCCACAACAACAACAGCAGCAACAACAACAACAUUUUAUGAUUCCACAACAUCAACAACCAUAUAUGACUAAUAAUUACCAACACCAGCACCAGCACCAACAUCAGCAUCAGCAUCAGCAUCAGCACCAUCCUCCAAAAAGUUUAAAAAUAGCAAACCACCAAAAGUAG